UAGAAUAAAAGGGUGCCCACAUACCACAACAGUGUCAAGAAGUAAGAACCAGAGUGAGGAAUGAGAAUGUGAAGAAAAAAAAUGGCGAACCCUUCACAUUGAGAUUUGAGAAAGAAACAAAUCAAAGAGAAAGAGAGAAUGACAAGAGGAACGGGAGCAAAUGAUCAAAAGCUUGAGAAACACUUUCAAAAACAGAUGGGGUGCAUGGCAGGUUUCCUACACAUCUUCGAUCGCCACCACUCAUUUCCCGUUAAAAGACUCAAUUCCACGAAACCAACGGAACCGGAAACAAACGGUAGUAACUCACCGGCUGAAUCAACACCGGAAGCUGAAACAACCCAAGAAAAACCGACUGUUCAGAUUCUUCCGGUUUUCGAUUUCAAAGAAGGAACAAGAUCUUCAUGGAAAUUCGCCAGAGAAGCACCGAGACUAUCGUUAGAUAGCAGGGCCGUAAUGGAUGCAAAAGGAACAAUUCAUCCAAAAGAUGAAGAGAAACGACGACGUUCCACUAGCGUUGUUGCAAAGCUCAUGGGUCUCGAAGACUCUGAUCCUAACCCCAACCCUAACCCUAACCCGAAGCUGCAGAGAUCAGCUUCGGAAUCAACGGUUCACAGAGAUCUAUCUCAUUCUCAACAGUAUCGUUUCUUUGACACUACGAAUUUCCAGUUAAAGCAAUUCCAAUUCGACAGUGGUUCAUUGUUAAACGGCACAGACUCAGAUCUAACUGAGAAAACAGAACCAGUCAGAGGAAUAACAACGAAACAAAAGAAGUGUUUCUAUGAUUCCGCUGAUUUUUUCCCUGGUCCGAAACAGAGUGUUUCUGUUUCGGUUCAAGGUGAGAUUGAGAAACGGUUGAAGAUGCGUGGGAUUCAUGAACCUUCUAAAGAUCUGGAAACACUGAAACAAAUCCUUGAAGCAUUGCAGCUGAAAGGGCUCUUACAUUCUAAGAAAUUAGCAAAUCAUAAAAACUUCGUCAUUGAGAAUGGGAACGAACACGAUUCACCUAUAGUUCUUAUGAAGCCUGGAAAAUCAAUUCAUCGAACCGGUUGGACCGGAACCGGGAAUAAUUCUCCACCACCCGUCUCCACUUUCCGGUCCAAUCCAAAGACUCGAACCGAUCAUAAUCAACCUAAUGUUAGAAACAGAAACACCGCAAACUCCCCCACGCGCAGUCCUAACCGCGUGAGGAAGGUUACUAGCGUCGAGACAGAGCGAAAAGUGAACGACAGUGUUGAUCGCCGAAGAGUUUCUCCGGUCAGGCAAUCACCGAUUCGGUCGCCGAGGAUGAGAAAAGUUACAACCUACCAAAAGGAAGGGAAAACCAUGGCGGAAGAUGAAUUAUCUACUGUUUCUGAUAAUAGUUUCAGUAACUCUUCACAUACCGACACAGAGAGGCUAAUUAAGGUGGUGGACCAAUACAGAGAGGGGAAAGAGCUACUGCAGAGGUGUGAUAAAUUACUCAACAGUAUAGCGGAAAUAACUGAGUUACAACAACCGAGUCCCGUAUCGAUUCUUGACUCGUCGUUUUACAAAGACGACUCGUCGUGUUCACCAUCUCCAGUAAUGAAAAGAUGCAUUGAAUAUAAAGAUCUAGGAGCGGAGUCAGAAGAAGAUGCUUGGAGUACAGCUUUGAGUUCAAACGAAACCAAGUCAGAGGAUUCCGAUUUCGUAUACGUUUCAGAAGUACUUCGUGCUUCUAACUACUUAUCCAAAGACAAAGACAAUGACAUGUUUCUGUUACUGGAACAGCAACAGUACCUCAAGGGAAACAAAAACACUUCCAAUUCCAAAGUUUCUACUCUUCAAAGAAAGUUAAUCUUCGACACCAUUCAUGAGAUUCUCAACUGUAAACGCCGUUUGCCACCGUGGAAGUUGGAGAAUCUACCUUCGUUACAUCAAAUCUGGUCGGAGUUUCGGAGGAUCCGAGAGAGGGAAGAAUCAUCGGAGGAUAUGUUUGAGGUUAUAUGUGGUGUGUUGAAGAAGGACAUGAAGGGUGAGAAUGAAUGGGGUGAAUGCCACGUGGAAAUUGGAGACGUAGUGUUGGACAUCGAACGGUUCAUAUUCAAAGAUCUUAUAUGUGAAACCAUUGGAGAUCUAGCAUUGUGUAGAGGAGUACCACGUAACAAAGUUUCGGUGCUUCGCAGGAAGUUAGAGUUUUAUAAUAAUUAGGAUAAAACUAAACAAAAAGAAGGGAUAAAGAGGUGAAAAAGAAAAGCAAAAGUGAUAAAUAUAAUAAAUAAUACAUGAAAAUAGGGACGAGGUUUUCUUAGUUUGGUUGUUUGCUUUUUUUCCUUCUCUUUAGUAAUCCCAUAGUUUAAUUAUUUUCUAAUUAUUAAUGUGUAUGUUUUCUUCAAUGAAGGAAUCAGGAACUUUAAACCUGAAAUCUAGACAUGAUUAACGAUGAUAACUUUUUUUAGUUUAGGAAUUUGAAAAAAAAUAUUGUUGUUAGAACUUAAUCUCAAACUUUAUGUCUAAGAAAGUACAUGGAAUAAAAGGUUUUUGUUGUAA